AUGGAGAUGAAGGACAAGAACUACUUGUACAUCAAAGUGGGCGAUGGAAAAUACGAUGUGAAGCUCGCUGACUUUGGUUUGACGACAGAGUUGCGGGACUGGACGACAAAGAGCUUGAGAGGCGCCAAAGGCACCCCCCUGUGGCAGGCACCUGAGCUCUUUGAUGGUGACCUCCCCUCACUUCAGUCGGACGUUUUUAGCUUCGGCCUUGUCAUGCAUGCAGCGGUGACGAGACUACCGCUGUACGGCCCUGGCACCAGGCAGAUAGCGAUAAUUGGCAAGAAGGCCAAAGGAGAGGCGCCGUGCGUGGUGGAGAGGCACCACUGCCCUGAUGAGCUGCGCGAGCUGAUGAGGAGAUGCUGCGCCUUGGAACCUGGUGACAGGCGCACGAUGAAGGAUGUCGUCCAAUGCCUGUCCCAGCUACCUGCGGAUUUGGCACCUGGCCAGUAG